AAAAAUUCCAUUUUUCUUAUUUAUCGUUAAUUUCCCCUAAAUUCUCGAUUUCCGAUCGACGGCGAAUCUGGAGCUUAUUCCGCCGGCAAAUCCAUUAGGGAUGUGUAAAUUCGAAGAGAGUUGAACGGAACCCUAAUUGGAGUGCAGUGGAUCUACAAUCUCUACGAGAUCUGCUCAAGCUCUCUCUUGAGGAAGAAUCUGAAAGUGAUAGAUUUACAGCAUUGUUUCGAAAGCUCUUGUUAAAAUUGACCUGAUUCUAUACAUGGAAGCGUACAGAGAAGAGGCUCUCAGAGCCAAGCAGAUGGCUGAGAGAAGAUUUGCAGAAAAGGAUUUUACGGGUGCAAGGAGUUAUGCCUUGAGGGCGCGGUCACUGUUUCCAGACUUGGAAGGUUUGUCUCAAAUGCUCACGACCUACGAGGUUUAUAUAGCUUCUCAAAGUAGACGCAGCGGGGAGAUUGAUUACUAUGCGGUUCUUGGACUCAAACCAUCCGCUGGCAAGAGAGAAGUGAAGGCACAGUACAAGAAGAUGGCUGUAUUGCUCCAUCCCGACAAGAACAAAUGCCUUGGAGCUAGUGGGGCUUUCCAGAUCAUAUCCGAAGCUUGGACUUUCCUGUCAAAUGAAUUCAAGAAAAGCACUUUUUAUUACCAAAGAAAGAAACUUAUCGACUCCAUGGUGGUUCAAGAGAACAACAGCACUGAGUAUGUCCCGGGGACCGCUGGAAUUGAUUGUCGUCCACCAGUUUCAGAAAGACAUGAUACGUUCUGGACUGUAUGUACCUCUUGCAGAGUUCAGUACGAGUAUCUGCGCAAGUAUGUGAAUAAGCGACUUUCGUGUAAGAACUGCCGAGGAGCAUUUAUUGCUGUGGAGACUGGGCCAGCUCCUGUUAGUGCAUCUGUUCAAUAUGCGCCGCCUCCUCAUACAACAAGUAAUGGCUACGGAUCUCAUGGCUACGAUUCCGUCUCACGCAUGCCUACCAAUUCCACUUAUUUCUUAGGUCAGUAUCCUGCACAUGGAUAUGAAUAUGUUACCAAUGAGUCAUAUGACUGGAACUCGUACGUGGGAACAUCUCCUGGGAAUCUAGAGUCAAACCGUUUGUCUUCAGCAUCCAACGGAUAUCCUUAUAAGCUCGCCAAUGAAGUAGUCUGUAGGGGAAGGAAGAAAAUUAAAGAAGGAUCUAACAGGACUACAAGCACAGCCUCUGAUCUUAUAUAUCCGGGUCCACCUAAUUGGUCUGCUGGUCCUUCAGUGAUUAAGGCCAGCCGACCUGAGAAGAAGAGGAACGUUGGUUUGGGGUUAUCUGGUAAUGGAUUUGUUGAAAACACUACAAAAUCUUAUUCUAAGGAAUCAAAAACAACAAAUUCGGAUGGAAACAUGGAAACUGAGUUUAAACAUCCUGUCCAAAGCCAUGGUUCAACUAGACGGUGGUCUGCGCCUGCAACAGGAUUGGAUACGCGGAAGCUAUUGAUUAGCAAAGCUAAAACACAUAUUCAGCAAAGAUUAGAGAUGAUGAGAUUGGCUUCAGUGGCAGCAGCAGCGAUGGCUACAUUGGACGCAGCUCCACUUGAUGAAGUAAAGGCCUCCUCCAAGGCAGGAGAUGGUGUAUCCGGAAUAGGAAGCUACUCCGGUCAUCAAUCUGUUCGGAAAAUAAAUGGACCAAUAACAGUUCCAGACUCCGACUUCCAUGACUUUGAUGGAAACAGAUCGGAAGAAUGCUUUGAGGCUAGGCAAAUAUGGGCAAUUUAUGAUGAAGAUGAUGGUAUGCCACGGUUAUAUUGCGUGGUUAGGGAGGUACUCUCGGUUCAACCAUUUAAGAUUGACAUAGCCUACUUGAGCUCCAAAACUGACAUCGAGUUUGGGACAAUGAAAUGGGUGCAGUACGGGUUUACUAAGUCGUGCGGACAUUUCAGGAUACGAAACACUGACAUAGUUGACCACGUAAACAUAUUUUCCCAUCUCUUGAAAGACAAGAAGACAGGAAGAGGUGGUUGUGUUAGAAUAUUCCCCAAGACUGGAGAGAUUUGGGCUGUGUACAAGAACUGGUCACCAGACUGGAACAACUCAACCCCUGAUGAAGUGAGGCACCAGUACGAAAUGGUUGAGAUCCUCGAUGAGUAUUCUGAACAGUUUGGAGUUUGUGUCGCCUCGCUUGUGAAAGUCGAGGGUUACAAGACCGUGUAUUGCAGGAGAGAGGAGGAGACUACAAAAUGGAUACCGAGGAAAGAGAUGCUGCGGUUUUCACAUCAAGUGCCAUCUUGGUUUCUUAAAGAAGAAACCAGCGGUGUCCCCGGAAACUGUUGGGACUUGGACCCAGCUGCUAUACCUGAGGAGUUGCUUCGCACUGGAGCAGGAACUGACUGAGAUGUAGCUUCACUUUGAUGCAAGAGACAAGAGUAAGAUCUUUUUAUAUCUCCAUACAACGGUUUUUGACUCUCUAGAAAACCCAUCUCUCUAUCCACAAGAUUUCUGGAUUAUUAUGUCAGGCACUAUAUACGCGCAAGCCUCUGUUUGUUCAUUGGAGUCGUACUAUUAGCAAUGUUGAAGAACCGAAACAUAGUUUGUUUGACUUGUUAUUUGUUUUUACUAUUCUGUAUUUCCUUUUUCUUUGUUAACCGUUAGUAUUAAAUGUAGCAGAUAUCAUUUUGGUUUUUACUUCUUCUCCCUCUAGCUUUAGACGGCGAAUGUUACAUCUGAAGUCUGAACCACUUUAGUUUUAUCAGUUCGAACUUGGAAUUCAUUUUUUUCUUUUCAAAUUCAGCAAAACUUUUAUGUGAC